AUGACACGUUUAUCUGUGACCUGGGGGGCCAAAUACAGAGCAAUAGCAACUACAGCAGUUUCAGAAGCCCUAAACCCACAGAGAGUCAGGGGUUGGACAACUGGCCAGAGAUUACAGGGGACCUUUUGCGGGCACUGAUUUGGAUCACAGUUCCCCGGCGGAGAGAAGGCCCGAGGGUGAAGCACAAGGGAAAGAGGCGUGCUAGCGCUUGUGGCUGCCUUUUCCAGGGAAAAGGCCAAAGACCAUACCUGUGUCCAAUAGAGGUUCGAUAUGGGCAAUUCUUCUAAACAUAUUUGCACGUCUGUCAUGCUGUGGAAGACAAAUUAGAUCUAGGGACGGGGUCAAACCCUUUGCUUCUAUUUUACUCUGAACGUUCUAAACGCCUGUUUCACCCAAGAGAAUGCAAGCACCCUAAAGGCCGGGACCGUUUCAGUGCCGUCUCGGCGGCUCCGGCGGCCCGGCCGGCACAGGUUGGCAGCUCACAAAUGGCUGUUGGGUCAGAUUCAAAGAUGGAGGGAUAAAGGAAGCAGUGACGUAGAGCACAUGGAGGGCGAUGGGGAAGAAGGAAGGAAGUGCCGCUUUACGGCGACUUUACGACAGCCUCGCAAUAGGACUUCCUUGCUUGCCGGCUACAAGCGGAAGUUGACAGAUCUCUGCCGGGAGUUUAUUCUGCCUCCGGCGGCGUUGACAACAUGAAGGAAAAACGGAAAGGAGAUCUCAGUCCUGCUGAGCUGAUGAUCCUGACCAUAGGUGAUGUUAUUAAACAAUUGAUUGAAGCCCAUCAACAGGGGAAAGAUAUUGAUCUAAAUAAAGUGAAAACCAGAACAGCUGCCAAAUAUGGCCUUUCAGCCCAACCUCGACUGGUGGAUAUCAUUGCUGCAGUCCCACCUCAAUAUCGGAAAAUCUUGGUGCCCAAGUUAAAAGCAAAACCAAUUAGAACUGCCAGUGGGAUUGCUGUUGUGGCUGUGAUGUGCAAGCCUCACAGAUGUCCACAUAUUAAUUUUACAGGAAAUAUAUGUGUUUACUGUCCUGGUGGACCUGACUCAGAUUUUGAGUAUUCAACUCAGUCUUAUACAGGAUAUGAGCCAACUUCCAUGCGAGCUAUCCGUGCCAGAUAUGACCCUUUUCUCCAGACAAGACAUCGAGUAGACCAGUUGAAACAACUAGGUCACAGUGUGGAUAAGGUAGAAUUCAUCGUGAUGGGUGGAACAUUUAUGGCCCUCUCAGAAGAGUACAGAGAUUAUUUUAUCCGAAAUUUGCAUGAUGCCUUAUCUGGACAUACUUCAAAUAGUGUAUCUGAAGCAGUCAGGUACUCUGAAAGAAGCCUCACAAAAUGCAUUGGUAUCACCAUUGAGACACGACCAGAUUAUUGCUUGAAGAAGCAUUUGAGUGAUAUGUUAUCCUAUGGCUGUACAAGAUUGGAGAUUGGAGUGCAAAGUGUUUAUGAAGAUGUAGCCAGAGAUACCAACAGGGGGCACACAGUAAAGGCAGUGUGUGAAUCGUUUCAUCUGGCUAAGGAUGCAGGUUUCAAAGUUGUGGCACAUAUGAUGCCAGAUUUGCCAAAUGUGGGAUUAGAAAGAGACAUUGAACAGUUUAUAGAGUUUUUUGAGAACCCCGCCUUCCGCCCUGAUGGUAUGAAGCUCUAUCCUACACUGGUAAUACGUGGAACUGGUCUUUAUGAGCUUUGGAAAUCAGGAAGAUAUAAAAGUUAUUCUCCUAGUUGCCUUGUGGAAUUAGUAGCUCGAAUAUUGGCUCUUGUACCACCAUGGACACGAGUAUACCGUGUUCAAAGAGAUAUUCCAAUGCCUUUAGUCAGCUCAGGAGUAGAGCAUGGAAAUUUGAGGGAGCUCGCAUUUGCAAGAAUGAAAGACCUUGGAAUACAGUGCCGUGAUGUAAGAACCAGAGAGGUUGGAAUCCAGGAAAUUCAUCAUAAAGUGAGGCCAUACCAGGUUGAAUUAGUUAGGCGAGAUUAUGUGGCAAAUGGUGGCUGGGAGACUUUCCUAUCAUAUGAAGAUCCUGAGCAGGACAUUUUGAUUGGCCUUUUACGUUUGCGGAAGUGUUCAGAGGAAUCAUUUCGACCUGAGUUGAAAGGAGGUGUUUCUAUAGUUCGUGAACUACAUGUAUAUGGGAGUGUAGUUCCUGUGAGCAGUCGUGACCCUGCAAAAUUUCAGCAUCAGGGAUUUGGCAUGCUUCUCAUGGAAGAGGCAGAAAGGAUAGCUAAGCAAGAGCACGGAGCUCAGAAAAUUGCUGUCAUUUCAGGAGUUGGCACUAGGAAUUACUACAGGAAGAUUGGCUAUGUGUUAGAAGGACCUUACAUGGUAAAGAAGUUGAUCUAACAUCCAUCUUUAUCGCAGGAUGCUUAUGGCAAGAAGUGUAGACUAAAUUUUACAGUUAUAAGAAAGAAGAUACGGGAGAAAGAAGACUAAUGAAACCAAAAGGAAGUUUUCUCUCAUUCCCAAAAAACAAAACAAAACCAAUUUGGCAAUAAAGGUCCAUUUUGUAAACACCGAUUCUCAGAAAUUUUUGAUAAUCUGCUUAGACAUUCGGCCCAGUGACACUGAACACCUAAGCAGAACAUAUGCCUUAACCUUUGGGCCUGUUUUUCUGCUGUGACAAGAGUUAUUAAAUUGAGCUAUUUUUGUUUAACAAUAAAGCUUCAGUUUUCAUCAGAGAA